CGGUUACGAGAAAAAGGAAGUCCAUCCCCACGAAGUUAUGUCGCAGCCAGUUAAAUUAAUUCGACAGUGCUGAGGAGUAUAACACGGAUACAGAGUUGCGAUCCACUCUGGUGGUAAAACAUCGCGGCGUUGAGAGAAAAGUUGUGUUGUUCACAACCUCACGUCGAUGUUGGCUGGAAGCGACACUUCCUUGACGAGCUGGCGGCUCUUCAUCUCAUCCUGCCCAACAUCCUACUCAGGGCCACCGCGCAUUCCAUCAUCGUAGCUCUCUCCUUCUGCACAUCAGCUGUGAUAGGUCAGCCGGGCACUUUGAAAUCAGCCAAAACCAUUGGUAAAGCCAACAAAGAGACUUUAAAGCCACUUGAUUUGGAGAAUCAGUGUGCUGUCUUCCAUCUUAAGCACCGAGCCUUAAAGCUUGCCAUGCCUGGAUCAUCAUCACCGGCCAGUAGCAAGGCUCGGGUGUACACCAAUGUCAACACGUGGAAGAACAAAGAUUACUGGGAUUAUGACACGCAUGUGUCAAAUUGGAGCAAUCAAGACAACUACCAGUUGGUACGCAAAUUGGGGCGAGGCAAGUACAGUGAAGUUUUUGAGGCCAUCAACGUGAGCAGCAGUGAAAAAGCAGUGGUGAAAAUCCUCAAGCCUGUCAAAUGGAAGAAGAUCAAACGGGAAAUAAAGAUUCUUGAAAAUCUACGCGGAGGGACAAACAUCAUUCUUCUGGUUGACACGGUUAAAGACCCUGUGUCCAGAACACCAGCUCUUGUCUUUGAGUACGUUAAUAAUACGGAUUUUAAGGAGCUUUACCAGAAGCUGACAGACUAUGAUAUUCGUUACUACAUGUAUGAGCUUCUCAAGGCUCUGGACUACUGUCACAGUAUGGGCAUCAUGCACAGAGACGUAAAGCCUCACAAUGUGAUGAUCGACCAUCAGCUGCGAAAGCUGCGUCUUAUAGAUUGGGGUUUGGCAGAAUUUUACCAUCCUGCUCAGGAAUACAACGUCAGGGUGGCCUCCCGUUAUUUCAAAGGCCCAGAGCUGCUUGUGGAUUACAAGAUGUAUGACUAUAGUUUGGACAUGUGGAGUCUUGGGUGUAUGUUGGCAAGCAUGAUCUUUUUGAAAGAGCCCUUUUUUCAUGGCCAGGACAAUUACGAUCAGUUGGUUCGCAUUGCUAAAGUUCUUGGCACCGAUGACCUUUUUGGCUACCUGCACAAGUACCACAUAGAACUGGACACUCGCUUCAAAGAUUUGCUGGGACAGCAAACACGCAAGCGUUGGGAGCAGUUCAUCCAGUCUGAGAAUCAACACCUGGUGAGCCCCGAGGCUCUGGACCUGCUGGACAAGCUCCUGCGCUACGACCACCAGCAAAGAUCAACAGCACUGGAGGCCAUGAAGCAUCCAUAUUUUUACCCUGUGAUAAAACAAUCCAACACAGUCCGCACAAAGGCAAGAAACACCUCCGUUGCGUCAUGAUUACCAGCACACACGAAGAAUGUGUUACCUCAACUAGCAGAGAACUCUACCUCCAAACCAACCGUCACAUGUGAGCAAGAUGUCAAUUUUGCAGCGCUCACCGAUCUUUUUUUUUUUUUGCUGCCUGGAGUUAACGUAGAGUUCCAGACCGAGACCAAAACUUAAUUUCCCCCAGUCCAUCCCCAUUUGAACCAGACUUUUGAGCAAAUGACUGUUGUAUCAGAAUGAAGCAGGUGUGAUGCUGCAAGCCUUAGUCUGUCAUCUGCUGUGAUCUAGUUCUGAUAGUGGCACUGAAUGUUUUAAAAAUUAUUUUCUGCUAUAAAGAGAACAAUAUAUUGGAAGAGAAUAAACCAUUUUUAGCUAAA